AUGACGAGUAAUGAAAUAUUCUUCAAUUUAUUUAAAUUAAUUUUAUGGAAAAAAACGUGGGAUCAAGUUAUAAGUUAUGAAUAUCAACAAGUUUGGGAGUCCCUUAUCAACGACAAGACGACAAAUUAUGGCGUACGCAAUAGCGAUAUAUUAGAGAAAAGGAAUGCGAGUGGCCACAAUGUGAGUUUCAAGCACAAGGGCAUGAAGAGCAUGAAGAAAUGGAAAAAAAUAGGUUGA